AUGGUAGGAGAAACACACGGCUACUGUCAGAUGGCCAAAGAGAACCAACAUUUGACAGCUUUGCAAGAGGUUGAUCUGAUUGCACAGCUGAGGAAAAGAAAGAAGGCACAAGGCCAACGUCCACAGCCAGGAGAAAGGAGAUUUGGAGAUGCUCCAGAGGCUGUCUAUGUCGAGCCCAAGCCACCAGAUCCUUCAAGGAUCAAUCAAACCCCAACUUCUCAAACCCACAAACAUCAUGAAAAAGAGGAAGAGAGGCUUGCUUAUGCCAUUGAACAACUUAGAGAUGAUGCCUUUGAAUGGUGGAUACAAGAAGAAGGUGAUAGAUGGUUUUACAAGGAGCCAACUAUCAAAACAUGGAGAGCUCUUAAGGAAGUCAUGAGAUAUGAGUUUGCACCAAAGAUUACAAGUUCUGAAAUCCAGGAACUAUAUCCAAGGAGGUAUCCAACUCAUGGUUCCAAAGAAGCAAGAAAAGAUGUACCAAAAGAAGGUCAUAGAAGCUUGAUCCAUCAAGACCAGAUUCGGCCAAACCAGAAGCCCACGGUUUUCUAUGAUCAAAACCAACCUAUUGAGGUCCCAAAGACCAUGGAGGAGAAGAAGUUUGUCAGCCAAGACACAUUGGCCAGACACAAAGAAAAACCAGACAAACUGAAUUUUCAAGAAAAGGCCAAGGAUGAUAAGACAGGUCCUGAAGUCAAGAAAGACACGAUCUCAAAGUCCUUUUUGGAUUUAAAAGUUGUUCAUGAUUUAAGUCCAAGGAAUGAUGAGAUUUCAAACCCAAAGAAAGAAGAGGCAUCAAGCCAAGGACUUAAGGAGCAAGAAUUUAAAGAAGAAGAACCACCAGGCGUGACUCUUGUGAUGGACCAGAAGAUUGUUCAAGAGACAAUGCAGUCCAUGUUGCUUAAAGAAACAAAACCAAAACAAUACCAAGGUAAGGUGAGGACUCAAGUGAUCAUGUCACUGAUGAAAGGGUGGAAUAUACCACAUGUCAGCCUUGACUCUUCUCCUCAUCCUCUCGUUCCCAACGAACAACAAAGUGAUAGUGAUGACAAAGUAGCUAGAAGAAGCAUCUAA